GGGGGGAGGUGACUUGAUGUCAUCCUGAGCAGCUGGGCGGCGGGUGCCGGUGCGCAGCGAGCCGGGGCUCCCGCUGCGCUGCAUCGCGCGGGUCUGAGUCCCGAGAUAGCUGCCGAGGAUCGCGUGUUGCUGGGGUGCAGCCCAGAACCCGCCGAGCGCCCGGCCCCUUCUGGGGCUGAGCUGGGGGGCAUGCUCCAGCACCCCCAGAGCCCGGGAGCGAACCCAGGAGCGCCGCCGCCCAGCCCCAGCGCCCCGAGCGGCGAAAUCGCCGCUAAGGACCCUUGAACCGCCGCCCCCUCCUCUGAGUCAGCCUCUAGGGGUCGGCGACCAAAGUCUGGGUUUCUGAGAAAAGAGCCAGCGUGGGAACCCUGACUGGACUCUUCUGGACCCCCAGGAAAGACCUGAGCCAUUGCCUUUCUACCUUGCCUGCCCCCCCAGGACUGGGCAGUUGCCAGAGGCCCUGGGGGGGUCAGGUCUGUGGUUGUGUCUCCCCCAACAUGCUGGUCAGGAUGGGUCCCAGUUAAUGUGUGUGGCCUCACUCCGCUUCCUCCAGACCUACAAGGAGCCUCCCGGGCUCUGAAAGGUUGACUGCUGCCCACUGGCCAUGGAGACAAAGCUGCCCCCUGCGAGCACCCCCACAAGCCCCUCCUCCCCAGGGCUGUCUCCAGUGCCACCACCAGACAAGGUGGAUGGCUUCUCCCGCCGGUCCCUCCGCAGGGCUCGCCCUCGCCGCUCACACAGCUCUUCUCAGUUUCGCUAUCAGAGCAACCAGCAAGAGCUCACUCCACUGCCCCUGCUCAAAGAUGUGCCAGCUUCUGAGUUGCAUGAGUUGCUGAGCCGCAAACUGGCCCAAUGUGGGGUGAUGUUUGACUUCUUGGACUGUGUGGCUGACCUCAAGGGGAAGGAGGUGAAGCGUGCAGCCCUCAAUGAACUGGUGGAAUGUGUGGGAAGCACCCGAGGUGUCCUCAUCGAGCCUGUCUACCCAGAUAUCAUCCGCAUGAUAGCAGUAAAUAUCUUUCGGACUCUGCCACCCAGUGAAAACCCUGAAUUUGACCCUGAAGAAGAUGAGCCCAACCUUGAGCCUUCGUGGCCACAUCUACAGCUGGUAUAUGAGUUUUUCCUGCGUUUCUUGGAGAGUCCAGACUUCCAGCCCUCUGUGGCCAAGAGAUAUGUGGAUCAAAAGUUUGUCCUGAUGCUCCUGGAGCUAUUUGACAGCGAGGACCCCCGGGAACGUGAGUACCUCAAGACCAUCUUGCAUCGGGUAUACGGCAAGUUCCUGGGUCUCCGGGCCUAUAUCCGCAAACAGUGCAACCACAUCUUCCUCCGGUUCAUCUACGAGCUGGAGCACUUCAAUGGUGUGGCUGAGCUGCUGGAGAUCUUAGGAAGCAUCAUCAAUGGCUUUGCGUUGCCUCUGAAGACUGAGCACAAGCAGUUCCUGGUUCGAGUCCUGAUCCCCUUGCACUCUGUCAAGUCGCUGUCUGUUUUUCAUGCCCAGCUGGCAUACUGUGUGGUGCAGUUCCUGGAGAAGGAUGCCACUUUGACAGAGCAUGUUAUCCGGGGGCUCCUCAAAUACUGGCCUAAAACCUGCACCCAGAAGGAGGUGAUGUUCCUGGGCGAGAUGGAAGAGAUUCUUGAUGUCAUCGAGCCUUCCCAGUUUGUGAAGAUCCAGGAGCCCCUCUUCAAGCAGGUGGCUCGCUGUGUCUCCAGCCCCCAUUUCCAGGUUGCAGAGCGGGCUCUGUAUUUCUGGAAUAAUGAGUACAUCCUGAGCCUCAUUGAGGACAACUGCCACACUGUGCUGCCUGCGGUAUUUGGGACCCUCUACCAAGUGUCCAAGGAGCACUGGAAUCAAACCAUUGUAUCGCUGAUCUACAAUGUGCUCAAGACUUUCAUGGAGAUGAAUGGAAAGCUGUUUGAUGAGCUUACAGCUUCCUACAAGCUGGAGAAGCAGCAGGAGCAGCAGAAGGCCCAGGAACGUCAGGAGCUAUGGCGAGGUUUGGAAGAGCUGCAGCUACGCCGGCUACAGGGGACCCAAGGGGCCAAGGAAGCCCCCCUCCCUCGGCCUACACCCCAGGUGGCUGGUAGUGGGGGUCAGAGCUAGACAAAUCUAGAAGGGGAGAAGCUAAACCCAGAGCUAUCAGCCCCUCCAUCCCUUCUGCCCAGGGGCCCAGUGAGGCCCACGACUCCCCGUGGCCUUGCCAGAGUGGUUCUAGGCCCAGAGUGGCUCUAGGACUCCUUGCCAGCCCCAUGGGAACAGCUUUCAUGGGGGGGAGACAAGAACGCAAGAUGGUAGUCUUGGCAGCAAGAACUCUCAGGCCUUUGUGGCAAGAUUCUGGCAAGACUAGACCAGGGCAAGUAUGCAACUGGGAAGCUGCCAUCAGGGAUCCUCCCCUGCCCUAAUACAGCUGGGCUCCCAUCCCUGCUCCUGGUUUGGGGCAUGGGUGCUCGGCACCUGGCCUGGCCUGCCUCAGCCUGGCCAGGGCCUGCCUCAUCCCCACCAUGGGGGCACAGUCUAUUUAUUCUGCCCAGCUCACCCUCAACAAGACACUGUCCAGGAACAUUCUCCUCUCCUCUCCCUUGCCCUGUUCUUCCUUGUCCCCUUUUUAUUUAUUGGGCAGGGGGAGGGGUGAGGGCACAGGCAAGAAGAGAUUCACAUUGUCCUGGGGUGAGGGGGGGGUUACAGGAAUCAUGGUCUGCCUUCUUCCCCUGGCUAGGGGGCAGACUUAAUAAAGAGAGAAACUCAA